GCAAAAAAAAGAAAGAAAUAAAGUGACACAUAUUUGAAUUGCUUUUGUAAAUUUCCUUUUUCCCUGUUUAUUAUAAUAUUGAUAUUAAUGUAAAUAGGUAGAGUUUCUCACAGUAUAUAUUUUUGUUUUGUCCAUGGUUUGUGUCUUUUUAGAGGUCGGUCGCUGCUCAUUGUUGCUGUUUUGGCGGCUGAAAUGGCUUCGUUAAAUAUUGAUCUCCAACACCUACAACAGUGUUUCCUUAAUUACUCAAACAUUCUCAAAGCCAAAGCAGACACACUUAACAAAGAAAAAAAGAAGAUUCUAAUUGAAUUGGAUGACUGGUACCAAAACAAGCUGCCUGCUGCCAUUAAUGAAAGACAGACCAAAUGUAUAAAACAUGAUGAACUGUGUAAAUUGAUGCAAUGGAAAUUAACCCGUGGGAAAUUCCGUCCUCGCCUCACUGAACUGGUGAAGAGUAACGAAGCUGAGCAAGUGGAAUGUGUGAGUAGCAGAGCUUUCAAACAACUACCAGAUGUGAUUACAGCCAUGAAAACUUUGACAACAUUGAAAGCAGUGGGACCUGCAACAGCCUCAGCAAUUUUGGCAGCUGUUCUUCCUGAAAAGGUUCCAUUUAUGGCUGAUGAGAGCAUGAUUUAUGCUCUGCCAAACAGACCCAAGAUGUAUACAAUUCCUUACUUUACGGAUUACAUGAACGCUGUUAGCAAUAUCAGGAAAAUGUUUGCAAAAUCUGAUUCUAAAACCAUCCAAACCAAAUGGUCUGCUCACCAAGUUGAAUUGGCAUUGUGGGCUUCUUCAGUGGCCUCAUCUCUUCAUUUUCAGGUUGAUGUGUCUCUAAGCAAUGAAAAUACCAACAGAGAAGAUGGUUCUCCUGAAAAGAAGAAAAAGAAAUGUUAAAUUUGUAAAUAAUUUUCUUUCAUGUUGUUUUAAAGAGAGAUAUUUCUGCUGUUUUUGAGAGAAUUAAAAUAUAAUAAUAUAUAUAUGCUACAUCUUUGUGUGUGUGUGUAUGUAUGUGUGUACAUGUGUAUGUAUAUGUAUGUAUGUACAUGUGUGUAUGUGUAUAUCUGUGUGUGUGUGUGUAUAUAUAUUUUUUUUUUUUGUGAGUAACACUUUAGCAUUAGAAGCUGUUGAAUUUGUUGCAACUUAUACAAUUUAUUUUCUAAACCAUUUGGCACAAGCUAAA